AACAAAAUGGCGUUUGAUUUGAGAAAGGAAGUCGAAGAACUCCGUAAAAGAGGCGCUUCUUUAGGGCUAAACCARGACGAUAUCGAUUAUGCAGUACUCAAAUCUCUUGGUGAAACCCCAGCUAGAUCUGAUGAAAAACCAAGCAAAAGUUCWUUCAAUUUUUGCAAGUUGAUCUUCMUAGUGAUGGCAACAAUGCUAUGYCUUUUGUUCCUGAUCAUUGGAGGCAUUUUUGUUGCAUCAGAGCAYGAUAAACGCUUUGGGCUGUGGAUUGGAAGAACCUUUGCAGACUUUACUUACCCCGCGGUCCGCGUCAUGAGACUGGUUGCUCUUCCUUUUCAUCGCUGGUUUGACAUUAGUCACAUGUACGCGUGGGAAUGUAUUGUAAAUAACCCUUCUUAUGAACCAGGUGGUCCUGAAUGUGAUAUAUGUGUCAAAGCCAAGCGAGUCCCAACAAAACURAGCAAUCUUCUUCCACAAGAGGACUUCAAGGAAAAGUUCUUUGAUCCUGGAUUUUCUGUCAUUGUUCGCAAUGUUUCUGGCUAUGGAGAUCAGGACCAUACUUAUGAGGAAUUCCUGGACCUCUACCAUGCUAAUAAAGCCAUUAUUGAGAAGGAUUCUUGUGAGUUCUAUAUUGGCGGAGAGAAUAGUACUGUGGGAAGUCUAGGCCAGCUGYUAGAGAAAUGGGAUCAUCAUAGACCAGAAGGCCACAUAGUUGGAUGGAAAUUAUGCUAUGGUAAAGGCUUUAGAGAAAUUAGAAAACUUUACCAAAGACCCUACUUUGUGCAUAGUGAAGGUGCUUUGGAGAAAAUGAUCCAUCUMUUGCAACCAUCAGGAGACUAUCCAGAGUCUGUUGAGCUUCCAAAUAAUUCAUUUGACAACGUUUGGUAUGCUCAAGUSGAUGGGUCAACAGAAGUAGUCCUUGCGCCRGUGGCAGAAUGUGCAGAYGAGUGCAAAACYCACACUGUCAACCUUAUAAAGGGGGAUGUCUUGUUCUUCACGCAGCAAAUCUGGAGGGCAACUUUCACCAACAGACAGCAAGUUCCAGCCAUGAUAUUUAUUUCUUCAUUUGCUUAACUUAGAAGCUAGUAAACUAAAGUAAACUGUAAAACUAGAAAGAUGUAAUAAUCAAUUUUAAAUUGUCUAAGAUGUUCAAAUAAAAAACAUGCAAAUAUAA